AUGGCUCACUCUGGUAAUCCCAAUCCAGUGCCAAAACUCUACAAGUCUAUUAUCGAAGAUGUUAUUGAAGGCGUAAGUGAACUUUUUGCUGAGGAAGGUGUUGAUGAACAGGUUCUCAAGGAGCUUAAGAGAUUAUGGGAAACCAAAGUGAUGCAGUCCAAAGCUACAGAGGGAUUCUUCAGAGAUCACUGUAACGUACCACAAUUUGUUCUUCAGUUGCCGCAGCAUUUACAUCACUCUCUUCAUACGUCAACAGGGAAUAGAAACAUUUCAAAUUUUACAGGAACAGAUAUGAAUUCAUCAGGCUCAAACAGUUCAUUUACUUUACCCCAUGGAAUCACAUAUCCAAUCCAUCUACCAGCUGGGAUGACAGUGCAAACUGCUUCUGGGCAACUUUACAAAGUAACUGUACCAGUAAUGGUAACUCAAGCCCCUGGAGCACCAAGAAUUCUUCAGCAUCCAGUUCAGCAGUACUUUCAGCACAUCAGCCGCCCUCCCAGACCAGCCACAAGCACCCAGCUGGGUGGGGAUGUUCAAGGUGGUCACAAAUGGCCGCAGCAACAGCAGCAGCAACAGUUUUCUGGGGUUGUUGGUACACUUGAGGGAGAAAACACUUUGGGUAAUAAUUUUGGAAAUGCUAAUGGAGAACCAUUUAUUCAGCAGACUGUUGACAUGCAGAAGCAGCAACUUGUAAGUAAUGUGCUUAAUCAACCAUUGAAUGGUUUAAAAGAAAAUAAUUGUAAUGAUAUGCCACCACUGCUGUUUAGUCCCAAGCAGACGGAAUUAACCUUGGCUGAUAAUUCUGAAUCUUUGCUGAAUAACUUAAACAUGACUCAGACAGUUCAAGGACAGUCGGGCAAUGAAGGCCUAUUAAAAUCACAGGUUGCUGAUAAUGUCGCUGAGCUGAUAUUGCUGGAUGACGAAGAUGACAAUGAGAAUAAAAAUAUACCACUGGACAACAACACCACAAACGUACCAGAUAUGGCAUCUCCUUUGGAGGACCUACUAUCUCCCGGAGAUGUUGACAUAAUUCAGCUUGAUGGGACAGGGGACACUUCCUCUGAUGAAGAGCUUGGAACAGUCAGGGAUGUAGAUGAAAAUGAGUUUCUUGGCAUAAUUGACACGGAAGACCUAAAAGCUCUGGAAGAAGAUUCUGGCUCACAUGACUCAACUAGCAGUAGCAGUGAUGAUGAGGUUUCUGAGAUUGACAUAAUUGAAGAGGACCCAUUAAACUCUGGAGAUGAUGUGAGCGAGCAAGAAGUCCCAGACUUGUUUGACACAGACAAUGUAAUAGUGUGUCAGUAUGACAAGAUACAUCGAAGUAAGAACAAGUGGAAGUUCUACUUAAAAGAUGGAGUUAUGUGCUUCGGAGGGAAGGAUUAUAUUUUUUCUAAAGCAAUUGGGGAGGCCGAAUGGUGA